AUUUGUGCAGGCAAACUACUGAACGCAUGACCUGUUGGCCGCAGUAUCGUUAGCUUGAGAAGACUUGCAAUUGUGCUCACUCGCUUCGCUGAUCUGCUUUGUUCGACAAUAUUACGUCACGCUCAAGCACAAACUUGCUAUUAGCUUCAAAACUUUAAUGUAGAAUAAGGUAAAAUUUACAAUAUAUUAUAAUUUGUGCUUGAUUUUUUCGUGGUAUUGAUAUUGUGGCUUGAGAAUAUCGUUACAGAGGAAUUGCGAGUUUUUCUGUUUGCAAGUAACAUUGAUUUUGGCUGGUUAUGAGAGCCAAAGUAAGGAGGUGAACCGGAAAGGUUGUUUCUGAGCAAAGUUGUUGAUGCAGUCGUAAACUACGUCUGGAAGCAGAGUAUCUUAGCUGCCAUUGAGAAGGAAACACAGAAAAUGGAGCCGCCAUCUUUAACUUUGCUGUUUUUGGUUGUUACUGCAGUGGUUUCAUUCUCGUAUUCAGCUCCAGUCCAAGAAAAACUAGCCGUAGGUUGCAAUAAGGCUAAAGGAGCCGUUCGAUCGUCAGUCGAAAGCACAGAUAACAAUGCUCAUUUGCUAGCAGACUUGGACGCUCUUUCUAAAGGGGUCAAAAGAUCCGGGAUCGACAAAGGGUGCAAUGAGAGCCCAGCUGAAAAUGUCGAAGGAACAAAAAAACAGACUUUAAGCAAAAUAAAAGACGAAAAAAUAGUGAAUGAAGAUGAUGUGGAUAAAAUGCCAAUUGUCGAGACUGGCAAAGCAGCCAUCAGAUCAUCAAUAGUUAAAAAUGAAACUAACAGCCAAAUAGCACCAGCGAAUGCUACUGCAGCAUCACCUGGGAAUGCAACAGCAGCUUUGUCGAGUGUGAAUAAGGAAGUUGCCACCAACACUACUGCAGUCAAUGUAAAUGCUAACGACAACAGUACAGUUCCAGUACCGGGAACGGCUGCAAAAACGUUUAUUGCUAAAACACAUGGAGUUAUUGAUGUCAACGCGAAUAAGAGAUCACAUAAGCCAAAGCCUAGAUUAGCAAAAACAAAGAAUGCAAUGAAAAAAUCCAAAGCAAUGGCAGCCACUCACAAGGCGAUAGAUACUUCGAUAGAUGACGGUCCCUCUAUGCAGAAAGGCUCUUUAUCCAAAGAGACAGAGAACCAGGAAAAGGGUACUGCAAAAUCAACAUCCAAUCUUUUGGAACCUCUUAGCUCGGCAAUAAAAUCCCUUGAUUCGGCAUCAAAACUUUUGGGGCAGGCAACAUCAUCAAAAAAUACCGAGCCUGCGUCAAAUACUGAAGUAACCGAUGAAAAAGCAACUGCGGACCCGGCAGCAGCAUUGACACCGUCAAAUAAAACAUCCGUGGAUGCAUCAACUCGAUCAGCCCCUUCUACAGGAUCAACAGCAAAGGAGUCAAGUGGGAGUCCUGCAGCAGCUGCACCGGCGACCAAACCUGCUGCAACAGCGGCAGCUGACCCAUAUGCAGAGAUAGCCGUUGGUCCAGACUCACCAAAGAUGCCUGAUCUUAAAACAGGCAGCGACAAAGCUGGUCUUCCUGUAAUGAAAGUUGAUCCCACGAAUGGUGGUCCGGAACAAGUUUCCUUCAACAAAGAAGAACCUGGAGCCAUGGCUCCAAAACCCGUUGCUGCUGGCUCCUCCAACAGGCCUGGGCCUCAGGAUGUUGGCGGAAUACUCGACCAGUUAACAGACAAACUGAAUAAAGGUGGUGUAGCCCCUGAAAAUCCUUUACCGCCCUCUGAGUCAAAAUCAGUAAUGGACCAGCUCACUGAUUUUGACCAUGAUGCUCUUGAAACAGCUAAAGGAUGGGAAACAACUGGGCUCAAAGCAAUUGAAAAGCUAAAAUCUGCUGAAUACAGUCAUGGAAGUAUGAAAAAUGAGCUCAGCAAGGAGCUCAGUGAGAGGCUAGCUGGGGGUGGAUACGGGGCUUCUCUUGGCGCCAACAUCGAUUCGGCAGAACCAGCAACCAUGGUCAGUAAUCUUGACGCCCCCUCGCAGACAACCUACCCUCAACAAAGUUAUAGUCGUCAGCAAUCAUCCCAAUGGCCAGAAUUCAACUCGAUGGAGAAUUUAGAUUCCGAGGCACAACGGGAGGAGCAGUCGUUCAGCCAAUACGAUGAAGGUCACGAAGGAAACUACGGUGGAAACAGCGAACCGAUGAUGCCAUCGGAGCAAAACAGCUAUGAUCGCCAAGAAAUUCCUUCUUAUCUGAAUCAAGGCCUAGAACGAGAGGCGAUGGAUAGCAAUCAAGAGCAAGGACAAUACUACAAACGCAACAUUAUCUUAAGACCUUAUUACUAUCACUAUGAUCAUCAUUUGCCCUAUGGCUUCAGACAUCCUUACGAUGAUUAGAGACACAAAAUAAGUAAUACGAAAAUGCUUGUUUAUGUAACCAUGUUGCAUUAUACUGUGUACACGUUAUGCGUUAUGACGUCGCGUACAGGAACAGUUGGUGAAUACACACCAGGUUUUCAGACAUUUCAUCAUAUACACUGUCUUACUGGGGGCUGCGAAAGUGAUAAUUUUUGUAGUCAGUCUAUUAGCUUAUACAGACAUUAUACCGGGAAUCUUUGAAGAAAUCAUCCAGCUUCACAGGGAAAGCAUUACAAUUCUACUCAAUUAAUGGAAGCCAGUGUAAUUAGAAUUUUCAGUGUAAAAUAUAUGUCGAUAAAACGUUAACUGUUGUCUUCAGAGCAACGAAUGAAGAUUCUAAAGUGCAUCGUAAUUAAGUGCUUCCGUACUUUGCGUCUCGACGUGCGGUAUAAACCUUUUGCAGAAUUUGUAACGUCGAUGUUCAUUGACUCGUAUAUUCAUUAUGUAUUUUGAUAAUUAAAUGUUUUCAUAUCAGGCCGAGUAAAUAUAGUUAGGUAUCCUUAGUUGUGACAUUUUUAGCACAUUUAGGACGACAUACAGAGUUUGUAAAGUAAAAGCUGUUUUCAAAUAAAGGUAUCUGUUCGAACGAUUUAAGGUACAUUUGUUGGUUGACUUCCAAGCCAUCUGACUUGCUAGAGGCUGUCAGGAAAUUACUAGAGGCUGUCAGGAAAAUCCAAAAUAAGGGGCUGAUUUUUCUUACCAUCUACUUUACUGACACCUUUGAAAAACUUUCAGGUUAGUUUCUUUGUUAAAUCUGUAACAAAGAUUAUUCCUUCAUUUGCAAAACUUUUCUUCAUUUACCAAUGUCAUAUGCAUUUGAAUGAGUAAACUAAUGCAAAUCUGUUCUUGUGAAAAGAAUCAUAUAAAUUCAUUAUACGCAAAAGGUAUGUAAGACAAUAUGUUAAAAAUAAAUAAAGAAAAAUGAAGAAAAAU